AUGAACGCACUACGCGGGGAGACGGCGGUGCCCAUCACGUUGUGCUGCCCCGGUUACGUCGAUACAGACUUCCACCAACGGGCCCAACUCACAGGUGCUUUUGCAUCCAGCAACACUCGCCGCGGUGUGCCAGCGCACGUGUGUGCACGGGCUUGCCUCGACGGUGCACUUCGCGGGGACGCCGAAGUGCUGACAACACUUCCAGGUAAGCUGGGAUACAUUCUGCGGCCCAUCUUUACGAAAUUCAUUGAUGCCAGGGCGAAGAAGAUCAGUCUUCACUCGCUUCAAAAAUAA